UGCACGAGUCAGAUGUGUUAUGAAGGAGCAGAUUAACUUUACAGCUACAUGUUAAAUACCUACAGAUACAAGUCUGUGAGAGAAAUACACACUUUAUAAACAUGUCGCAGUUACAGGCGAGGUUCUUCACAGAGGACAAAAGGUAUGUUGUAGAUGAUGUUCCCUUCUCCAUCCCAGCUGGCUCUGAAGUGCAGGACCUCAGCAAUGUCAUCAACAAGCUGCUGGAGGCCAACAAUGCAUCUCACACCAAAGUGGAGUUCGACUUCCUGGUCAGGAGUCAGUUCCUGCGGUCGGCGCUGUCCACUCACAUGGAGACAGAGGGCAUAUCAACGGAAGAAGUUGUUGAAAUAGAAUAUGUGGAAAGAAUCACAGCCCCAGAGGCCGAGGAGUGUAUGAUGCACGAUGACUGGAUUAGCUCCAUAAAUGCAGAUGCUGAAUGGAUCCUGACAGGGUCAUAUGACAAGACGGCCAGGAUCUGGUCUGUGGAGGGAAAGGCUGUGAUGACAGUGGCAGGACACACUGAUGUGGUCAAAGAUGCAGUCUGGGCCAAAAGAGAUGGUCUGACCUCGCUGCUUCUGACGGCCUCUCUGGAUCAAACCAUCCUGCUGUGGGAGUGGAACUCUGAGAGGAACAAGGUGAAAGCCAGGCACUGCUGUCGUGGACACACAGGGAGCGUGGACACUCUUUCUACAGACCCCACCGGCACAAAGUUCUGCAGCGGCUCCUGGGACAAAAUGUUGAAGAUCUGGUCAGCAGUGCCCACGGACGAGGCGGACGAGGUGGAGGAGCCUGCCGACAGACCGAGGAAGAAACAGAAGACUCAACAGCUGGGCCUGACCAGAACUCCCCUGAUGACGUUAUCUGGACACAACGAGGCAGUGUCCUCCGUCCUGUGGAGCGACAGCGAGGAGGUUUGCAGUGCAUCAUGGGACCACACCAUCCGCAUGUGGGACAUCGAGACCGGAGAGAUGAAGACUACACUGACCGGCAGUAAAGUGUUUAACUGUAUUUCCUACUCACCUCUGUGUCGACGGCUGGCUUCAGGCAGCACCGACAGACACAUCAGACUGUGGGACCCUCGCACCAAAGACGGGUCUCUGGUGCUGCUGUCUCUGACCUCCCACCAGGGCUGGGUCACCGCCGUCAAGUGGGCGCCUUCGCACGAGCACCAGCUGGUCUCCGGUUCCCUUGACAACCUGGUCAAAUUGUGGGACACCAGAAGCUGUAAGGCUCCUCUGUAUGACCUGGCGGCCCACGAGGACAAAGUGUUUUGUGUGGACUGGACAGAAAGCGGGCUGAUGUUGAGCGGAGGCGCAGAUAACAAGUUGUACACCUACAAAUACUCAGCCUGUCAGACGGAUGCGGGGGCGUAGGCUCACCAGGCCGCACCGACUGCAGAGAUCAGCCACAUCCAUCACCACAGACAGACAUGCUAAUAGGCUGACGACAGCUGCAGUGAUUUUUAAAUUUUGUUCUGUACAAAAACUUGCCAUCUUUAUUCUCUGCUACUUUCUCAAUUUUUACACAUAUUUUCAUAUUUGUCUUUGUUUUCCUGUAACCCAAGAAAAUAUAAAUUAAUUUUGUCUC